AUGACCAUGGAUUUGAUCGCACCCAUCUGUAAGGUUCUCCGAUUUUCUUUCUUUCUUUCUUUCUUUUUCCUUCCUUCUUUCUGUCUGUCUGUCUGUCUGUCUUUUUCCUUCUUUCUUUCCUUCUUUCUUUCUUUCUUUCUUUCUUUCUUUCUUCCUUUCUGUCUGUCUGUAUGUCUGUCUUUUUCUUUCUUUCUUUCUUUCUUUCUUUCUUUCAUUCUUUCUCUCUAUCUGCAUGCCUUUUUCCUUCGUUCUUUCUUUCUGUCUGUCUGUCUGUAUGUCUGUAUGUCUGUCUUUGUCUUUCUUUCUUUCUUUCUUUCUGUCUGUCUUUUUCCUUCAUUCUUUCUGUCUGCCUUUUUCCUUCUUUCUUUCUUUCUUUCAUUCUUUCUCUCUAUCUGUCUGUCUUUUUCCUUCUUUCUUUCUUUCUUUCUUUCUUUCUUUCUGUCUGUCUGUCUGUCUUUUUCCUUCUUUCUUUCUUUUUCUUUUUCUUUUUCUUUCCUACAUUGUUUCUUAAUCGCUCUAAAUUUUCUCAAUCGUAUAUUUCAUUACUCUUUUUUUCUUUCUUUUCACCACCGAUUUGCCAUGUUGUUUCCUACUCUCUCUCUCUCUAUGUUUCCAACUCUCUCUCUCUCUCUAUGUUUCCAACUCUCUCUCUCUCUCUCUCUAUGUUUCCAACUCUCUCUCUCUCUCUCUCCCUCCCUCACUGACCCCGUUUUCACAGUUGUGUUUUUUUUCAAAUCUUUUGUUCGUUUUUCGUUUCCUUUAUUCACUCACAAAUUUUCCGCUACUCUUACCAUUUUCACUUCUUUCUUUCUUUCUUUCUUUCUUUCUUUCUUUCUGUCCCUUCUUUUUUCUUUCUUUAUUUAA